AUGUCGUUUGCGGGAGCCUGGAAAGAAGGAGAUGGGGAUUUUCUGCUGGUGGUAUCCGGAACGACACGCUAUGCACCAUACCUGGCCGGUUGGCAAGAGUUCAAGGAUCACCUCCGGAAAGUGGUCAAGGAGCAGCCAGGAUGGGCCAACGUAUACUCGAGUCAGGGCCAAAGAAAAGGAGAAAUGGAGGGAUGGUGUCGACUGAAAGAUAGGGAAGAUGCAGAUGCGGUGUAUAAGGUCUAUUGCCGAGCUAGAGGCAUGCUAGUGCAUGUGUGGGAGACGAGUCGUAAGGGUGACGGCUACCGGUUGAUGCGGUGUAACUGUUCGACGACCUUUCCGGAAAUCCCAGAUGGCGGUCACUUCGAUGGACGGGGUAUAGAUUUUGGAAGAAUAAGCCAGCUGGGUGGUGGUGGUGGUGGUGGUGGUGGCAGAACGGCACCUGCCACUCCGGCCCCAUACUUGUCGGCACAGUCCAGCUAUCCCUACUUGGCGUAUCCACAAACGCCAGUCUACCCACCACAGCAGCAACCGGGAUACGCCCCUAUCCCUGUGUAUUCAGCCUUUGCUCUUUCGAGUCCACCGGUUUACUCGGCCACGACCAAUGGGAUACCCGUCAAUGUCCGAGGAGGGGCGAUACUCACCGAAGCCCGGGGCAUCUUUAUUCGAAACCUAAGCUACAAAUGCACAAUGGAAGAGCUUAAUGCUCUGCUGGCGCAGACUGUGGGGUAUCCAAUCGACAUCCAGUUCAUUCGAGACAGCCGGACAGGGGCUUUCAGAGGCGCAGCCACUGCCAAGUUCGCCUCCAAAGAGUUGGCGCAACACGCGGCCGCCAGGUUGAACGGAAAAGUUCACAAGGGAAUGAUGCUCGAAGUGCGCAUGGAUACCGACACUACUGUCGUGGGACAAGCCGAGCCCAUGGUUGUGAAUGGAUCGUACACGGCAAGUCUAAGAAAAUAA